GGGGAGGCGCGAGGACGGGGCCUGGUCGUGAGGGGACCUGAGGAGAGCGUCCAUUUUCCCCUCCUCCUCGCCCUUUUCUCUUCCCUCCUCGCCCUUUUCCCUUCCUUCGUCGCCCCCUGAGGGGGUUAGUGGGCGUCCCCUCGCCCCACCGCCCCGACCCCGUCGGCCUCGAGCGGCCCCCUCCCCUCUCCUCAGGGGAGGCCUCGCAGGCCUCAGUUGGCCAUCAUGGAGGCCCAGAGGCCUUUGCGGCUCCUUCAGGGAGGCUAAGCAGAGGGGCAACUUGGGGGGGAGGGGGGCAGCUCGCCAUGGCCGGGGCCAUCGCUUCCCGCAUGAGCUUCAGCUCGCUGAAGAGGAAGCAGCCCAAGACCUUCACCGUGAGGAUUGUCACCAUGGAUGCCGAGAUGGAGUUCAACUGCGAGAUGAAGUGGAAGGGAAAGGACCUGUUCGACCUGGUGUGCCGGACCCUGGGCCUGCGGGAGACCUGGUUCUUCGGCCUGCAGUACACCAUCAAGGACACCGUGGCCUGGCUGAAGAUGGACAAGAAGGUGCUGGAUCACGACGUGUCAAAGGAAGAGCCCGUCACCUUUCAGUUCCUGGCCAAAUUCUAUCCCGAGAACGCCGAGGAGGAGUUAGUUCAGGAGAUCACCCAACACCUCUUCUUCUUGCAGGUGAAGAAGCAGAUUUUAGAGGAGAAGAUCUACUGCCCUCCCGAGGCGUCGGUGCUGCUGGCUUCGUACGCCGUCCAGGCCAAGUACGGCGACUACGACCCAUCCGUCCACAAGCGAGGGUUCCUGGCCCAAGAGGAGCUGCUCCCGAAAAGGGUGAUCAACCUUUACCAGAUGACCCCAGAGAUGUGGGAGGAGAGGAUAACUGCCUGGUACGCAGAACAUCGAGGCAGAGCCAGAGACGAAGCCGAGAUGGAGUACCUGAAGAUAGCCCAGGACCUGGAGAUGUACGGCGUGAAUUACUUCGCGAUCCGGAAUAAGAAGGGCACGGAACUGCUGCUCGGGGUGGACGCUCUGGGACUCCACAUCUACGACCCCGAGAACCGACUGACCCCCAAAAUCUCCUUCCCGUGGAAUGAGAUCCGGAACAUCUCUUACAGCGACAAGGAGUUCACCAUCAAGCCGCUGGACAAAAAGAUCGACGUCUUCAAAUUUAACUCCUCCAAACUCCGGGUGAAUAAGCUGAUUCUGCAGCUGUGCAUCGGGAACCACGACCUCUUCAUGAGGCGGAGGAAGGCGGACUCGCUGGAAGUCCAGCAGAUGAAAGCCCAGGCCAGGGAGGAGAAGGCCAGGAAGCAGAUGGAGAGGCAGCGCCUGGCCCGCGAGAAGCAGAUGCGAGAGGAGGCCGAGCGAACCAGGGAUGAGCUGGAGAGGAGGCUCUUGCAGUUGAAGGAGGAGGCCACGAUGGCCAACGAAGCCCUGAUGAGGUCCGAGGAGACCGCUGACCUGCUGGCCGAGAAGGCUCAGAUCACGGAGGAGGAGGCCAAGCUCCUGGCCCAGAAGGCGGCCGAGGCGGAGCAGGAGAUGCAGCGGGUCAAGGCCACGGCCAUUCGGACGGAGGAGGAGAAGCGGCUGAUGGAGCAGAAGGUGCUGGAGGCGGAGAUGCUGGCCCUGAAGAUGGCCGAGGAGUCGGAAAGGAGGGCCAAGGAGGCAGAUCAGCUGAAGCAGGAUCUCCAGGAGGCCCGAGAGUCGGAGCGCAGAGCCAAGCAGAAGCUCCUGGAGAUCACCAGCAAGUCGUCCUACGCGCAGCCCGUGAACUCGAGCGCGACGACGUCGCCGGCGGACGGGCCCGGCUUCAGCCUCAUCGGCGAGAGUCUGUCGUUCGACUUCAAGGACACGGACAUGAAGAGGCUGUCCAUGGAGAUCGAGAAAGAGAAGGUGGAGUACAUGGAGAAGAGCAAACACCUGCAGGAGCAGCUCAACGAGCUGAAGACGGAGAUCGAGGCCCUGAAGCUGAAGGAGAGGGAGACCGCCCUGGACAUCCUGCACAACGAGAACGCCGACCGAGGCGGCGGCAAGCACAACACCAUCAAAAAGCCUCAAGCCCGGGGCCGAAGACCUAUCUGCAUUUGAGCCUGCAAACUCACCCUGCAGAGCACCACAUCCCGAGUGGCCUUCUUCGAAGAGCUGUGAGAGAGGGGAGACGGUCCGCCCGACGCGCCGACCCCCGCCGGCGGCACGACGGAGCAGCGCCUGGAGCCGGGCCGUUGGGACCCCCGGGAGCCCCCGAACCCCUCCCCCUCCGCCCGGCCCCUCCCCCUCGGACUCGGGGACCCCCUCCCCGAUCACGCGCCGCCGUCCCCGGCCCCCGGACGAGGCCCGCGCAGAGAGGCCCGGGCCUCCCACCCGCCGUCCCCGACCC